UGCUGGGUCAGUCUCUCACAGGAAGCCAGAAGGGAAGGACUCGUUGCCAUGACCUCUCUUAACGAGCAAAUGACCACAGUGUCCACCCCCUGCUGGGCCACUACGAGUCCCCCCUGCCCCCCUGUACGAGCCGCCCCCCUGGCCCCCCCAAGCCGCGCCUCAUGUUCAAGAUGCCCCGCGUGGUGCCAGACCAGAAGACUAAGUUUGAGUCUGAUGAACUUUUCCGCAGACUGGCGAGGGAGACGGAGGUGCGGUACACGGGCUACAGAGACAGGCCGCUGGAGGAGAGGCGACAGAGGUUUCAAGCAGGAGUGAGAGAAGGACACACGGAAAUGGCCUUCAUGACCAACGGAACAAACAUGUACCUGCAGCUGGCCACAGGAUUCAACAGCAAGGAAGUGGAUUUUGAGAAGGAGCCUGGCAAGGUACACCUUCGGUCUUGCUUCAUCAUGAACGGCGUGUGUGUGCGGUGGCGCGGCUACGUUGACCUGGAGAGGCUGGAUGGCGUGGGCUGUUUAGAGUAUGAUGAGGAAGCAGCAGCGGAGGAGGAUCGAUUCCUGAGGGAGGAGAUAGAGAAAUACAAGGCCAGACUGAGGGAAUUUGAGGAGAAGCAAAGGGCGUUCCGUGUCCCUACCACCUCACACGCCCACCACGCCCACUCCCACGCCCACGCCGAGCAGGCCAACAUACAAGUCCGCUAGCAGCAGAUCCUCAGCCUCCUGUACCGCAAGUCCUAGCCGGCAGAGGGCGAGACGGGGCGCAGCCAAUCACAGCGCGCCACGACCUCGCCUCAGCCAAUGAGCGCCGCCCAGCACGCCUCCACCAAUCAGAGCCUCCCAGCCCAGCAAUUCACCAAUCACCGCCCGGGAAAUGCGUCGCGGGAAAGAAGGUGUUGAGAUGCGGGGAACAAUUGAGUUUUUCGGCAAAUCGUGGGGAAAAAAGUGUUAUACGGCAAAAAAUUCAGGAAAUUAUUUUUUUAUGAAUAUCGACCAAAAAAUGAGGAGUAAAUGAAAAAAAAAAGUGAUAAAUAUAAAUGGCGAAAAUUGUAGUUAAAUUGUAUGUUUCGCAAAUAGAGAGAACGAAAAGUGUUUACCUGGGAAAAUAAACGAAGACAACAACAACAACAACAACAACAACAACAACAACAACAACAACAACAACAACAAAUCUCACGAAUGUCCACCGGAAAACAAAAUAUCAAUAAGAAGCAAAUAAAACAAACAAGUAAUCAUAAACUACAAAGAAAAGAAAACAGAAAAAAAUACAAACAGAAAAAAAAGUGAUUUGGUGUCGAAAUUUGAAAAUAAACAAUGAAAACAGAAGAGGCUAAACAAACAAAAAACAAAAACAAACAAAAAACAAACAAAUAAAUAAAGAGAUUAUAUAUAUAUAUUACAAAAAAUACCUAAAUAUUAAUAUAAAAAACGAACGCUAAUUUAAGUGCUAAAAAAUAUAUAUAAAUGAAAUAAUAAUAAUGAUAAUACAAAACUUUUAAACUUACAAACUUUUCUUCACUUUUUGUUCAACUAACCAACAUUUUCGUUUUCAAAUAUUCAAAUCGCUUCACGUCACUAACGGAUUCUAAUGGCUUUUUUCAACGGAAUUAACGGUCACUAACGGUCGCUGCGCCUGCCAAGCUCUUAAUUAAUGGUUAACGAAAAGGGAAGAAAAACAAACACGUGAUAAAAAAGGAGGAAGGGGAAAAAAUUAGAAAACAAAGAAAAUAUACAGAAAGAUGAAAAUGGAGGAAGAAAGAGAGUAACAAAAGAGAAAAGAAUGAAAGGAUAAUAGCGCAAGAUAGAAAAGGAAGAGAAUGAAAGAACGGGGAAACAAAAAAAAUUACAGAACAGAAGGAAAUAAAGGAAAACUGCUAAAAAGUGUGAAAAAAAGAAAAUAAAGUGACAGAAAGAAAACAAAUGGAAAAAGAAAGAGCGAACAAGAUAGUGAAAGGAAGAAAAAAGAAACCAAACAAGAAUGAAAAUAAACGAAGAAAGAAAAGAAGAGAGAGAAAGGAAAUAAGAAAGUGAAAGAAAGAAAGGAAGGAAAGCAAAUAAGAAUGAAAGGAAAAAGAACAGGAAAAAUUAAUGGAAAGAGGCAAAGAGAAUGAAAGAAACAAAGAGAAAAAGAAAAAAAAGGACAGAACAAAGAAAAGGUAAAUAUAUGUUUGUUUGUUUGUUUGUUGCUCCAUCACCUGCACCCCACCCAUAAUUACAGGUGACUCCCCCGUCCCUCCACCCCUUCUCCCUCCUCCAGGUGACUCACGCCCCCCCCCCUUAAUUAAUACACAGGUGACUCCAGCACACCUUAAAUCGAUACUCUACGUAAAUUACCUGUUAUAAAUUAUGAUGAUGAUGAUGAUGAUGAUGAUGAUGAUGAUGAUGAUAGUGAAGGUAUCGAUAAAGGUUUCUGGAGUGGUUUGUGUGGAGAAGGGAAUAAUUAUAUGAAGAAAAAUGAUGAUGAUAAUUUUAUUUCAUUAUUUUGCAAGACGAAAAAUGUUGAAGGGGAAAAAUGUAAUUGUAAAUGUGAUGGAUUAUUAUUAUUAUUAUUAUUAUUAUUAUUAUUAUUAUUAUUAUUAUUAUUAUUAUUAGCACCAUUAUUUUCACUGUUAUUAUUAUUAUCAUCAUCACCCUCACUAUUAUUAUUAUUAUUAUUAUUAUUACUAUUAUUAUUAUUAUUACCAUUGUUAUAAGUUUAAUGCGAUCUUCUGCAAUUUAUACAUUUUUUUCUUAAUAUUACAGAAAUCAUUCAUUUAUUCAUUUUUUUUUACUUUACUUUCUCAUUUUUUCAUUUCCAUUUUCUUCUUUUUUUUUUCGAAACCAAGAUGGCGCUUCGUAUCGUGUGUAUAUUUUUUAUAGUACUGUGUCUGUGUGUCUGUGUGUCUGUCUGUCUGUCUGUCUGUUUGUAUUUGUAGCGCUAGGAAUUAAGUGUGUGUGUGUGUGUGUGUGUGUGUGUGUGUGUGUGUGUGUGUGUGUGUGUGUGUGUGUGUGUGUGUGUGUGUGUGUGUGUGUGUGUGUUCCCUCCAGUAGCUAGCUGUGCAAUAUUGAGAGAGAGAGAGAGAGAGAGAGAGAGAGAGAGAGAGAGAGAGAGAGAGAGAGAGAGAGAGAGAGAGAGAGAGAGAGAGAGAGAGAGAGAGAGAGAAUCAACACUUGAAAGAAAUAUUAGUGGUAAUUGUUAUAGAAAGGAAGGAAGAGGAGAAAGAGGAAGAAGAGGAGGAAGAGAGAGAGAGAGAGAGAGAGAGAGAGAGAGAGAGAGAGAGAGAGAGAGAGAGAGAGAGAGAGAGAGAGAGAGAGAGAGGAAGGGGAAGUGAUGAUGGAGGGGAGAACAACAAAAUGGCAGCUGAAUCUCUCUCUCUCUCUCUCUCUCUCUCUCUCUCUCUCUCUCUCUCUCUCUCUCUCUCUCUCUCUCUC